AGAGAUGCUGGCUCUACUCAUCGUUCUUGGGGGAUUCGUUCCCUUACUUGAUGCAGCUUCCGUUGCAGAAUUGCAGCCCAGCCUUUUGACGACCAACAAUGGAGUAAUCACAGGCCAAUACCUCGACUCCUUAAUGCUCUCUCUCCCCCCCUGUGAAUACGCUGGCCAGAAUGUACAUCUGGAGUAUACAAAUACAAUCACUAAUGACACCAUGUAUAUAAAUGAUGCCUUCAUGGUCCCCACCUGUGACAACAUCACCUGCUUAGAUAACCCACUCUCGGUGAACAGAGGGCUUGGUUACCAACUUUCAGGGCUCAACGACAGCACGCUGUACAGUGUUCGCUAUAUGAUUGGAUCAAACAAGACCGUCCCUGUAGCAGCAUCAACAAUAAAAAUGGCUGAUUACAACACCAUCAGCGAAAAGCUUCCAGGCCGCAGUGCAGCAAUGAUAGUCAUCACCGUCCUCCUGUCUGUGGCCAUGUUCCUCCUGCUCGUCGGACUGCUUGUCACUGUAUUCAUGCCAAGAUAACAUCCAGACUUCAGUGUGCGAGAUUUAACUGGCCGUACAGGGUCCUUUUACUGACAUUUCUUUAUUAAAGUAAUGUAGUCGAAAUCUAAACCCCCUAUCGUAAAGUUCUUUCAUGAUUUUUAUUGCUUUUCAAUGACAAAUAACCCUUGUUUUAUUUAUUUCCUUAUUUUUUCGUACACAUUUUGACAAUAGUUACUACAUA